GAGUACGAUAAUCUGGCAAUGGCCGUGACAGUCCCUAGCCUUGAGUCACGCGGCGGCUGAGCUCCAGGACGGUUCUUCUCCUGUCUCUCCCUCUCCGCCUCGCAGUUUCAGCCUUUGUGCAAGUUAUCUCUGUGUUUGGGUGAGUCAGAGCCAGCCACUCACCCAGGGCGGCAGGCACAGGGAGGCGACGGACAGGCUGCUGCUGCUGGUCCACUCAGGGUCACGGGACAGCCUCUUCCUCCUGCUGGCUCCUCCUUCCUGCCACCGCCCACACCUGCAGGUAACGUACAGGUCUAGCACACGUCAGUCAAGUGAACCAAAAUGGCGUCUGGCUACUCAAGGAUUGGUGAUGAGAGUAGGAAUGGACCCCCGCGUAGCUAUGGCUCUGUUGCCCCUGCUGUGGGUUUUGCUCCUUCUCCAAGAUCAGGAACUGAAUUCUUCCAGUUAUGUGACAAGAUCACUACGAAUCUCUUUUCGAUCAACAAUGCCACCAGCACACUUGAUCGCUCAUUGAAGCAAGUUGGAACACCUACAGACAACCAGCAGCUAAGAGACAGAAUUUCACAGAUUAACGGCAGUGCUGGAUCCUCGGUACAAGACACCACUGGACUCCUGCGCACCCUUCAGCCCCUCGCUCAAGGGGACAGGCAGCGACGAGUCCAAGCUGACAGGUUACACAAUGAAUUCCAGGCCACUGCCUCGCGCUUUGCUGAAAUUCAAAAGAGAGUGGUGAGCACAUUGAGAACAGCACGACUUCCGGCGGACAUGGUGGCUAUGGAGCAGGACAGUGCAUCUACCACGGAUACCUUGAUUGUAGCAGAACAGCAAAGGCUUGCCAAAAUGAAGGAAAUAGGGGAUCUAGAGUUUGAAACUGCCAUGCACUUGGAGCGGGAGCAGAGAGUCAAACAGCUGGAGUCUGACAUAAUUGACAUCAAUGAGAUCAUGAGAGACCUUUCCUCCAUGGUCACUGCUCAGGGCGACGUUGUAGAUUCAAUAGAGAACAAUGUUGAAGCUGCUGCUGGACACGUAGAGGAGGGUAGAGAGGAACUCAUCAAGGCAGCCCGUUACCAGAACAAGAGUCGACGGAAGCUGUGUGUCUGCAUCCUUAUUCUGUUUAUAGUCCUUGCUAUCAUUGGGAUCAUAAUUGGAAUCCAUUUUACCAAUAAAUAGUAGAAUUUAUUGAUAGAGAAUCAAGAUGUUACAAGUAUUUUUAUAUAAUUACAUUUUAUAUAAAUCUGAUAUUUUACAUGUAUGCAUGACACAUUCCAUUGAUUUUAUUAUUUUGUUUUGAUUAGCACAUGACUGAAUGGUUAAUGACUUCAAAACAUUACUUCUAGUCACAUUGUGCUGUAGUGACAGUAGGCAGUAGGUACGAGUCCACUUGUUGGAAGCAUAUGUGACUGGGUAUCCUGUUAUUGGGAAAAACUACAGUAGUGAUUCCAUUAUUUUAAUCCUACAUAUGUUAUUGUGAUUUCACUCAUGUAUUCACAAAUUGAUGAUCUAGGAAUCAAGUGAUCAAACAUUUCAAUUUCACUCCAACCGCCACCCAGGAGUAUUGAAUUUUAUACUUUACCUCUAAGUCUUCUUGUUUUCAUGUAAAUCUUACUGCUUUACAGAGACAUAUAUCAUAUUACAAUUUGGAGAAUCAGAAUAACUAAUGUUUACGAUAAUUAAUGGUUUUAUUUUUUGGGUCAAAUGAUUUUUCAUAUCAUGAGUGCUUCAUUACUUAAUUAUAAUUAAGGAACCAGGGAAUGAGAAGUGAUGCACUGCUCAUGACAGCUGAAUACAGCAGCUCUGAAUCAAGGUUUGGUUGUAGCACCAUUGUGAACAUAAUAGUUGUAUAAUUGCCACUAUAUCAUUAUUAUAGGUUAUAGGGAAUUAUAGCUGAACACUUGAUUUUCAUUAUGUAUACUUGAGUUGUGGGGAUGAAAAUGGUGAGGCAUCCUUGCAGCAUGAUAUAUCAAAGCAAUUCAUGGUCACCAGGCUGAGUCACUUCAUACAGUGGGAUCUUGCAAAUAAUGUCAAAUUGGUUACUGAAAAAUGCCAUUAAUAAUGAAAAUGUUACUUGUGUGACAUUGAAAAAUGUACAAAUGGUUGAUUGGCAUUGCCACCUCAGGACUUUCAUCCAUUUUUAUAGUUUCAAGCUCUCCUAUAUUUUUUUUUGCUGAAAUGAUAAGGUUAGAUAUCGAAUCAAUAUGAUUACUAUAAUAAACCUUUAAGGUGUUUGGUGUGGUGAUUGUACAAGGUUUUUGCAUGGGGGCUACUGUAACGUACCACCGGCUGCAUCCCCAUUCUGGCCUCUUGUCCCUGCCUCACACACUUAGGUCAACAGGUCAUCAACUUGUCAUACCCAACUCUUACAACCGCUGAUUAUAGAGGCGCAAGUAUCAUUCAGCAGCACGAGUGCGUUAAACCAUAGUGCGAAAACUUCCAAGCUAGGCUGCGGCUGAGGAUGAGACAAUAAGAAUAAUGCACAUGGCAGUUGUUUUAUCCAUAAUUCAUCAUGCGUUGUCUGCAAGUCUUAGUCCACAUGUAAAAAGCGUUGAGUGAUGGUACAUAGGUAGUUCACUGGACUAAUCUGCAGAAUAUGACAAUUCCUGCAGUUUGCCUCUCGUCCACAACAUCCUCGGUACCACCCAGUGCUAUGUUUACCUUUGUGACCUGAAAUUGACCUCUCCUCUGGCCUCUUAUUUUUAUUUUGUUGGAGCAGCAUUUAGGCAGCUUUUUUGUUGUUGAUUUAGUUUUUUGCCCUUGCUGUGAAAAAGAAAAAAAAUUAGGAGUCAGAUGACACAUUAUGAGUAAAACAAAUGAUUGUUGUACUAAUCUUUAUUGUCUCAUACAUUGUCUUUAUUGUCUCAGGUCACCUACUAGCUCAGAAGUUCUUACACACUGUGAUUUAAAGGGACAAGAGUGGUGUUGUGUGAUAUUUUUGCAUCUAAAACCAGUAGUUGAAAGAUUUGGCUUACAUAGGUUUGAUGAUGUGUUGAUGGAAUUGGGUGAGCCAAAUGUAAAACGCCUGAGCGGGGAAGCUGCCACUGGUAUGCUACCCUCCAUGCAUAAAACUAAAUUAAGAUAGCAGCCUCAAUGGUAAAAGGUUAAGUUAGGAGCAUAUGCUAUCGCUGUGUGUGGCAACGCUGCCCAUCUCAGUCCCAUUGGCUCUUGAGCCUGUGGUGGGACAGAACCCAUUAACCCGACACUGAACCAGUGUAACAUCUUGGUUACCAAAGUUUACCAUCCCCAGGAUUUAUUGACCAUCACGAAAGGAAAGAUGAAACAGCUGGAUGAGCUGCAUGCCAACUGCCAAAACCGGGAUUUGAACCAGUGUUGCCAAAUUGUUGUAUUCUGAAUAUUGCAUUUACCAUUAUUAGGCUCCAAGAUGGUUGUAACCACACAAAUAACGCUAGCAAGUUAAAGUUAGCGUUAUAACUUAAAUAUUGAUGUUUUUUGUUCCUUUUUGUUAUAGUCGUCAGUCAGAAACUACAAAAAUGCAAUGUGCUGAGUACGCUAAUAUGGCAACGCUGAUUUGAACCCAGGCUCGCAGAGGCAUAUAUCUUUCAUGGGGUUACUAUUUUACUUUAUUGAUAUAUGAUGAAGUCAAUUGCUUAGGCUAUGUUUUAAAGAGUGGAAAACGCUACAUUUCAAGCCCAAGUUUCGGUGGGGGCUGACUACUACUACUGUUCAUCCCCCUCUACCUUGAUAGGGUGAGCACUCCCUUGUUAAAGCUAUAUGGUUUCACAGACAUUGUUGCUGAAACCUCUGCAGCUCAUUAUUGUAGGUGUAUUUCUUGAAAGUUUUCUAUAUGGAUGAGGGUGGCACUGUCUUUACAUGGAAGAUGAGCUAGUACCAAAGAAGUAUUGUGGUCCUAUGUUUGUGCUGAUGGCCAGUUUGCUCAGCAAUGAAAUAUGUACAAAUGUUAUAACAAUCAUCAGAGUGUAUGAGUUAAAGUGUAAAUUUUUUUCUAUUGAGUAGCUAUAUGUAAUGUCAAGAGUUUGGAGGCUGAUGUAAAAAAUAGUUUAUACCUUUGAAGUGAGUAUUAAGUUACGAAUAGGAUGAUAUUAAAUCAUGAAAAAGCAUGUUAUAAAUACUAGUAUCAGAACUUGUUUUAAAAAAUCUCAAAGUCGGUGGUUUACCAGUCACAAGUAAUGAACCCCUUCAGGUGCUCCUUUUCAUGGUUUUUGUCAGGGCAGUCUUCCCAACCACCAUCAUGAAUGCUGCUUUGUACAAUUAUUCUUUAAGCAAUGGGGGACAUUCAUCGUUGAUGUAUGUAGCGGGGAGUAUUAUCUAAAUGACCUGUUUGGCCAGUACUGCCCUGAACAUACAGCAGCUGUGAAAGUCUUCAAUUUAACUUGCAUUUGUUAUGGAAGUACAUUUAAGAGCACAUAGGAAUGAUCGUACAAAAUGACUUACUAGAAAAGAACAUUGAUUAAACUGUGUGUUUAGAAUAGUGAACUGUGAUCAACAUGAAACUUUAAGGGUCAUGUCAGCCAAAUGUGAAUGUGAUUUUGACCAAAGCUUCUUUAUAGUGAAAUGCAAAAAAAACCCCACAGUUUUAAAGAUACAGUGAUCUGCUACAAGGAUACUUGAGUUAACAUCAAAGGAAGUGAGCAUGGCAUUGACUCUCUCAUCAUCUUUCUCUCAUUAGUCUUAACCUCAUCCCACUUGCUCAAAGGAGACAAUUGCACCCUGUUGUGAAAAAUCCCUCAGCCCGCAAGAUUUCUAGGAAUCAUUUGUGCACGAUAAGAUAAUAAUAGAAAGUCAGUAAAUGUAGUACUACUAGGGCCCAGUCAAUACCUAUCCUUAACCCGUGCCUAAUGAAAUUGCCAGCACACAAGAAAGUGAUUAACUAUUCAAUUCAACAUUUUAUUUCAAUAUCUUUUUCCUUUUACUUUUAUUCAAUGAUUUUUUUGUCACUGAUCUCUUCUGUACUGAUCAGAAAAUACUGGUUGAUAUUACCAAAAAGUAUUCUUGUUAAAAAAUGUUGUGGUUUUCAGGUUAAUCAAACUAGGUGCUACUGAUUAUGUUUAUUACUCAGCAUGACUUAUUUAGAGUGCAGUAACUCAUCUAUUUACAGUUUUUGGUGCCGCACCAUAAUGGAAUUGUGAUAUGAUAGCAAUAACUUGUUCAUUUAUACCUUUAUAUAAUUAUAAGGAUGAUACUGAGCUUUAAAUUGUAUGUAACACUAAAUAGGAUUUUACGUGUUUCGUAUACAAGUUUAAAGAUAUAAGGUCAUCAAUCUGGGAACAGGACUACCAACAUUUUAAUGAAUUGGAAUAUUGUUUACAGAGCAAACUUAAGGUUUUAAUGUUUUUAAAGUCUAUAUAUAUUAUAUAUACGUUACAACAGAAUAUUAGAUGAAAUCUUUUAAUAUUAUUUGAAGAUACAGAAUGCCAUUAUUUCCAAUAAAACAACUACACAUG